UUCCCAUAACAAAGUUCCAAAUUCUCAAUGAUACAAAACGUCUUACUUAGGUAGAUCAUAUUUCACUUGUAUCGGGCAACUGACGUGGAAAGAACUUCAAACCAAACUCAAAACGUGAACGAACGCCAGCCAUUAUCAUGAGGCUGUUUGCUGUCAUCAUCAUUAAUCUUCUUUUGUUGGAUCUCUUUUGUUCAUCGGAAGCGGCUUGGUGGAGACGGAGACGGAGACGACGACGGUGCCAUGCACCCAGCACAUCAACGAUCAAGUGGUCGAACACCUGGGACCAUGAGUUCACUUUUACAUGCCCUCCAGGUCAAGCAAUGACUGAAUUCCGCUCGAUGUACAGCAAUUGCCAUUGGGAUCGUGUGUUCCGAUUUAAAUGCAAAAAAAACAUAGUUGCCAAAGGACGUUGCCACUGGUCUCACUAUGUAAACAAUUUUGACGACCCGAUAGCUUUCAAGUGUCCACUCAGUGGCUUCAUUACAGGAAUCAGCAGCAAGCAUGACAACCAUUACGAGGACAGGAGGUUCAGGUUCCGCUGUUGUAAAGACCAUCGCUACCAUCGCCACCACUGCACCUCCAACAGCGAUUAUGUAAAUGACUGGAAGCAACCUUUCAACUUCAAGGCACCCAAGAACCAUUUCUUGGUUGGAGCAUUCAGUUACCACAUCAAUAGCCAAGAGUAAGUUAUCAAUGAUUUUUUUUCUGAAAAAUAAAGUCUUUAGAUCUUCAACAAAGGAUGAUCACAAAACAAAAACACAAUAACCUUUGUAUUCAAAUUGCCCAUUUCACAUCACAUGACAUUUCCCUGAGAAUUGUUCCUUUAUGACGAACAUGUUAUUAAAAUAUUUAAAUAUGAAAGAAUCAACUCCCAAGAGUGGCAUUACAUGGUCUGAAAUAUAUAUAUCACUAUAUUUCCAGAAUGGUAGAUUGAACAAACUGAUUGAUUGAUUGAUUGAUAAAAUUAGCGGGACAUUAGAAUUUUUCUUGCGAUUGUUCAGUCAUCUAGAAAUAUAAUGCAAUAAAGUAAAUGACGCUCAA